ACUACAAAAAUUUUCUCUAUAUAAGUUCAAACACCCCCUCUCCAUGCAACAAACCCAAGUCAUUCCGUUCUCUAUUUCAGUUCCAUCAUGACGCAUCCCAUUCUGUUGCUUGGAUUUCUGAUAGUAGCAUACUUUAGUGGUUCUCAAGCUCAAAAUGCCUUCUCACAAUACUGGGAAGAGAAUAUUGGCAUUCCACACCCUCCACAUUGGCUAGCUGCAAAGGCUUCUCCAUUGAGUUCCCAUCAAGCGAAAAUGUAUAUGAAACUUAUGGAGGAAAAUGAAUUGACUUCCCACCUGUCUUCCUUUUGUAAGCAAGCUAAUGUUGCUUGUUCUACAAAUGCACUACUGAAGAAGACAACAGACUACACAACCCUACCACCAAUAGCCCAGUGGAAUGAUCAGAAACUGAAGUAUGAACCUCUUCCAAAUGGAAUAACCUUGUCGAUUGCCAGUCAAGGAGGAUUACCAUAUUUUCGGGAAUCAAUGGUGACAAAGGGAGGUUUAAUGCCUGUCCCUGAUCUAAGGGACCCAAUGUCAUACAAAUCAUUCUUGCCACGGUCUCUGGCAUCAAAAAUCCCAUUUUCCUUUGCUCGGAUGGAGGAUUUGAAGAAGCUUUUUGGUGUGGUGGAUGAAUCAAAAAUGGAUGAAUAUAUUCAAGGCACCCUCAAUAUAUGUCAGAAAAGCCCAGUACGAGGUGAGCAGUGCACUUGUGUGAUUUCCGGCGAAGAUCUCAUUGAUUUUGUUGUCAAGAAAUUAGGGCACCAUGUUCACAUAUGGAGUACUGAGAACGUCGAAGGAUCUUAUGAGAAUGUCACAAUUGGAGUUGUGAAUCUCAUUUAUGAAAACCUCUCCGAACCACCUACCUUAUGUCAUAGUCUGCCAUUCCCAUUUCAAGUCUACUAUUGCCAUGUUUUUCAGAAAGUAAAAUUAUAUGCAGUUGAAAUAAAAGCACAGAGGAAAGUGAAUCAUGCGAUCAUGGCAUGCCAUUAUGACACAUCAACUUGGGAUCCAAAUCAUCUCGCUUUUAAGCUGUUGGGUUUUGGGCCAGGCCUAAUUGAAGUUUGUCAUUGGAUAAACCAGAAUGGAGUGGUUUGGACAAAGAAUCUAAGUUGA